CUUCCAGAGUUGGAGAAGAAAAUUGAGCACUUCAAGGAGAAAAAUCUCACUCUAGAGGAGAACCUGAGGAGCUUCCAAGACCUCCUGAUGUUCCAGCUGCCUGAUAAAAUCAAGGUGACCCUGGAUCCAUCCACGACUCACCCCCAGCUCGUUGUGUCAGCGGACGGGAGGAGCGUGAGGUGGGAAGAUGCCCAGCAGGACCCAUCUGCUGAAGGGUUUGGCAUUGAUCCCUGUGUGCUGGGCUGUGAGGGCGUCACCUCAGGGAGAUGCUGCUGGGAGGUGGAGGUGACACCUGAAGGUUCCUGGGCUGUAGGGGUGGCCAGGGAGUCCCUGAAGAGAAGGGAAGAGACAUCUGUGAGCCCUGAGAUGAAGCUCUGGUCUAUGGGUCUCUGUGAAGGUCAGUUUUGGGCUCUCACCUCCCUUGAGCGUAUCCCACUCUACCAGAUCCAGGUCCCCAGAAGGGUCCGGAUCUCCUUGGACUAUGAAAAGGGUCAGGUGGCAUUUUUUGAUGCUGAUAAGAAGGCCCUGAUAUUCACUUUCCCAGCAGCUUCAUUUGAAGGGGAGAGUAUUCAUCCCUGGUUCCUGGUGUGGAGCAAGGGGUCUCAGAUCACAUUGUGUCCCUGA